AUACAAUCUUGAAUUUUCAAGGUUGCCGAGUGUAAGUGAUGGGUUGGGAUUCUCUCAAUCUUCCGGAAUACAUCGUAAAAGCAAUCAGUGAUUGUGGUUUAAAAAACCCUACACCUAUACAAACUAAAGCCAUACCUCCUGCUUUACACAGUUUUUCCGAUGUUUUGGGAUCAGCACCAACAGGAAGUGGAAAAACUUUGGCAUUUGGAAUUCCUUUAGUCUCCAAGGUAUUCUCCCUCAAGAGUCUUGAAAACCAAACUUGUAAGGAAAAAUCAGAAACUGAUAGUGUGAUUGACGAACAGAAAUGCGAAGUGACAUCUUACACCAAGCCUUGUGGAAAAAAGAGGAAAAAGCAGAAAGAAGCCGAAAUCUAUUCAGCUCUAGAUGUCAUCGAAGAGUUAGAUGUAAAUACUGGGGAAAUUCGCGCAGUUCAUUCUCUUGGUGAUCCUAUUACAGUAGAUUCUGAAGCACUUCCAAUUAUCGAACCUGUUUGUUCCACACCAAAUCGUGUUUACGGACUUGUUCUGGUUCCUACCAGGGAAUUAGCUAUUCAGGUUACUCAACAUAUUCGUGCCUUAACGCGGUAUGUCGAUUGUAUUCGUAUUGAAACUAUUGUUGGUGGAAUAUCAGUUGAUAAACAGCUCCGACUUCUUCGACGUUGUCCAGAUAUACUCGUUGCUACUCCAGGAAGAUUAUGGCAUUUUAUUCAACAAGGUGAACCUCAUGUUCUGACAUUACACAAUGUCAAUGUAGUUGUUGUGGAUGAAGCUGAUCGAAUGAUUGAAGCUAAUCAUUUUGAUGAUUUACGUUCAAUUUUCAAUUGGUUACAUUCAACAUCAAAUUGUAAUAAUGAAGAUAUAGAAGAACAGGAAAAUGUAGAUAAUAUUCAAGGAAAAAAUUCUAAAAAAACACCAAUAAAUCUUAAAAGGAAACAUAAGUUAACAGAAAACUUAAAUCAUUCCACUAAUUUAAUUCAAACACAACGUCAGACAUUAAUAUUUUCAGCUACUUUAACAUUUGUACAUCAUGGUGCAUUGAAACCAGGUACUGGAUCUAAAAAGCAUAAACUUUUAUCAAAUAAUAAAGGUACUAUGACAAAGAAAAUAAAACUUGCUGUGUUGCGUGAAAUGUUCGGUUUAAAGAAAUCCGCUGUGAUAAUUGAUUUAUCAUCAAACAAUUCAACUAAACAAUCAACUUCCAAUUCUAGUUUAGAUUGUCAAUCAACCUGCCCUGAUAGCCUUUCUGAAUGUCGAUUAUUAUGUCCAAAUCAAGCAAGCAAAGAUAUCCGGCUAUUUUGGUUUAUUGCAUUUGGCCGCCAUCUUGAAUCUUCCAAGUCAUCCAAUCGACGAUGUUUAAUUUUUUUAAACAGUAAAUCUGGUGUACGUCGAUUAGCUGGUGUGUUACGUCAACUGCUCAAUUCAAAUGCUUUUUUAGUAUCUGGAUAUCCAUCCCUACAGCAUAUAAAUGUGUUACAUGCUGAUAUGAUUCAAAAGCAAAGAUUACGUGCUCUUGAACGAUUCCAAGCUGAUUCAAAUGGAAUUUUACUUGCUAGUGAUGUAGCUGCUCGUGGUUUGGAUUUAGCAUCAAAUGAUGAGAAUAAUAUAAUGGAAACUAGUGGAAUAUCAUGGGUGAUACAUUUUGAUGUACCACGUACAGCUGAAUUGUAUAUACAUCGAUCAGGACGUACUGCUAGAGCUAAUCGUCAUGGUACUAGUUUAUUAUUUAUUUCACCAAAUGAAAUUGUUCAUUGGCAUCGAAUUGCUGUUAGUCUUCAAAGAACUAAUCCGGAACUUGAUGAUUUUCAUAUUCAACCAACAACUGUUCAAUUGACUAUCAGUGAACAAAUUGUUAAAUUAGCUAAACAAAUUGAUAUAGAAGAGCAUAGAAAUUCUCGACAAAUUGCAAAUAAUAAUUGGUUUGCUAAAGCAGCAAAAGAUGCUAACAUUCUAUUAGAUGAUGAUAAGGAUCAUUCUAAUAAAUCAAGUGAUGACGAGAAUAAUCAUCGUAAAAAAAAAAAUUCAUUGAAAAAAAAGUCGGACAGUACAAAAACAUUAAAACUAGAGUUACAUCAGCUUAUCAAUUUGUCACGUGGAAAAUUACAGAAAAUCACAAAUGGACAAAUGAAAUGUUUUCAGCGACCGAUACAAACACUUUCAAAGGUCAAAUUACUCAAACAAUUUGGUACAGUUUAAGCAUUCAACGAUUUGAUGGUUCUUCUACAGAAUUACACUUCAGUGUGAAUUACUUGACUAUUGUAAAUCUUUUUUGAGAAAAUUUAAAUAAAUAUUUA